AUGGAUGACAUGUUCUUGGCUGGAAUAAAGCUGGAGAGGGCUGCAGAGAUGGAGAAGGACAUGCUACAGAACAUAUUGAACCUGGUCCCGGGGCAUUUACAGAAACCGGACUCGAGUCUGGAGCUGCUCAAGACCGAAGUCCGAGAAGAGUACAGCGUCGGCGUCACCAAAGCCAUCGUGAACUUUGUCUUAAAGGGAUUGAAGGAUCCUAAUAGUGACAGAAACACAGAGAUACCCUCCCACAGACAAGAGAUCAUGGUUGUCCCAAAGCAGUGGCACAAGUCCUUCCUCCACAACAGAACCAGAAUCAGGGACAAUCUGCACUGCUUCAGCCCCCCCAUGAUCGAGAUGAUGGGGCUGUGGCACCACCACCUCACGUUGAAGUCUCAGCGCCUGGUCGCAGUGAAUGAGUUCCACAAUCGCAAACAGUCCAUGGAGCUCCAGGAGUUUAAUCAGAUCAUCGGGCAACACAUUGAACAGUUCACAAAAUUUCUGCUCAAAAUCUGGAUGACGGAGGUACAGUCCAUUUUCUACAGAGGAGCUAAAAAGAAGCAGGUGCCAAACAACAGCAGCUCGUCCAGGUUUAAGUCGUACUUUAACUGUGCGGCCGCGCUCAUGACCAGACAACUGCAGGAGCUUCUGCUGAUGUCUAUGAGCGACUACAGCCAGAUGAUCACACAGCAUCCGCCAUCAGAGCGAGCCUUCGAGCACCCCGGCUUCGUGCUGCACCUGGUUUUGGUCAACAGUGAGAUCAGAUUUGAGCCUGAUUUGGAGACAUUUGAGGAGGUUCUUCUGAGUGUGUUUGACCUAAUGCUGCGAUCAGCUGCUGUGGUGCCCAGAGUUGAAACUAAGCUCUACACCAACUGUCCGGCGCCCCCUUCUGGCAGCAGCACUCUGAGGCCAGUGAUCCUGCCUGAGGUCCUGGACGCCCAUCGUGAGCAGAUGCUCAGAGUGCUCAGAGAGGAGAGUCUCAAACCCAGAGAGUACCUCAGAAACUUUGAUAAAUACGCCCCUUUAGUGAACAACCAGGCGCAGGAGGACAUCAGUCACUUCCUGUCUGAGUCACACAGCUUCCAGGAGAUCAUGGUGGAGGUGAUCCACUACCAGCAGCUGAUGGAGCAGAUCCAGUUCACUCCAUAUACGGUGGAGCGUCUGGGGCUGUUUGAGGUCCAGUCUCAUAAAGUGAUCCAGGCUCUGACCAAGAGAGCUCAGGAUCUGAAGGACAAACUGGUGACGAGGAUGUUACAUGACCACCAGAACAUCAACAGACAAUUGUGUGUGGAGUUUGAGAAGAUCGCAGAGACAGCCCUGAGCAUUCCACCGGACACUCAGAAGCUCAUUGAACUCAAGGCCUAUGUGAAGAAGGUGCAGUCCGCAGAGAUGCCGCAGCUGCAUCAGAGGCUGAUGGACUCAAACUCCCAGCUGUGUUUCCUUGUGGACUUUGUGAUGUUCUCUCCUCUGGACAUGAGGCUCAAUGCAGAAACCAUGGAGUGGCUGGACCGCAUGCCGUCCGUGUUCAGGCAGCACCGGCAGAUUGUGGAUGAGAAGACCGAGCAGUACCAGAACGCGCUCAAGAAACGCUCUGAACGAUUCGUGGAGCAGCUGGAGAGCUACGCUGCACAGGUGGAAGAAUUUGUCACUUUUGGAGAUUUGGAGGAACUCGAUAAAUAUCUGAAUAAGGCCCAACGUCUGCACCACAAGCUGGAGGUGGCCCUGGAGAAGAUUGAUGAGUUUAACCGUGAGGAGGAAGCGUUCAGUUGGCCCGUCUCUCAGUAUCCUCAGAGGAAGAAAAUCCAGGAGAAACUCACUCCAUUUCUGAGACUUUAUGAAACGGCGUCCAACUUCCUGAAGCAUCAUGACAAGUGGCUGCACGGGUCCAUGUCUGAGGUCAACCCGGAUAAGAUGGAGGGGGAUGUAGGGAACUACUGGAGGACUCUGUACAAACUGGAGAAGGGCUUCGGAGACGUGCCCAAAGCUCUGCACAUCUCUAGCACAGUGAAGGCCACAGUCGAGCAGUUCAAGGAGCACAUCCCCAUGGUCCAGGUGCUGUGUAACCCUGGUCUGAGGGAGAGACACUGGUCAGCCAUGUCUGAAGUGGCCGGUAUCCCCCUAGACCCCACUUCACCGCAGGCCAAUGUGUCCCACUUCCUGUCCCUCAAACUUGAGCCGUUCCUGUGCAGCUUCGAGGGCAUCAGCGAGACGGCCAGUAAAGAAUACAGUCUGGAGAAGGCCAUGGAGAAGAUGAGCUCUGAAUGGGAGGACAUGGAGUUCCACCUGCUGGCCUACAAAGAGACAGGCACCAGUAUCCUGUGCUCUGUGGAGGAGAUCCAAAUGCUCCUGGACGACCACAUCGUCAAGACUCAAACCAUGAGAGGCUCCCCCUUCAUCAGGCCCUUCGAGGUGGAGAUCAGGGAGUGGGAGGAUAAGCUGCUGCUGCUACAGGAGAUCCUGGAUGAGUGGCUGAAGGUGCAGUCCACGUGGCUUUACCUGGAGCCUAUUUUCAGCUCUCCUGACAUCAUGAUGCAGAUGCCCGAGGAGGGGCGCAAGUUCAGUGCUGUGGACAAGACCUGGAGGGAGACCAUGAAGCAAGUGGCUCUGGACAAGCAUGUAUUGGCAGUGAUCUCCCUUGACAAGAUGUUGGAGAAGUUAAAAAAGUCCAAUGAUUUUCUGGAGCUGAUUCUGAAAGGUCUGAACAAUUAUUUGGAGAAAAAACGUCUGUUUUUCCCACGAUUCUUCUUCCUGUCCAAUGAGGAGCUGCUGGGGAUCCUUUCAGAGACCAAGGACCCCACACGUGUGCAGCCCCAUCUAAAGAAGUGCUUUGAGGGCAUAGCCAGUGUGGUGUUCACUGAUGUUCUCGACAUCACUCACAUGAAGAGCUCGGAGGGGGAGGUGGUUCCGCUGCUCAACAUCAUCUCCACCUCCAAAGCCCGUGGACAGGUGGAGAAGUGGCUGCUGGAGCUGGAGACCGGCAUGAUCGCCUCCCUGCACAAGGUGAUCGGGGGGGCAAUCAUUGCCUAUCCCAAAGACCCGAGGAUCAACUGGGUCCGAGCCUGGCCCGGUCAAACCGUCCUGUGUGUGUCUCAGGUCUACUGGACCCAAUAUAUUCACGAGGCCAUCAAAUCAGGACACCAGGCUCUACAGGCCUACCUGGAGCAGAAUAAUCGUCAGAUCGAUGACAUUGUGGCUCUGGUGCGGGGGAACCUGUCCAAACAGAACCGUGUGACCCUGGGCGCUCUGGUGGUGCUGGACGUUCAUGCUCGAGAUGUUCUGGCCUCUUUGGUCCAGAAACGCAUCAGCGAUGAGAACGACUUCGAGUGGCUCAGUCAGUUGCGAUACUACUGGGUGGACAACCACCUCCAGACAAAGAUGAUCAAUGCAGGUCUGCCGUACGGAUACGAGUAUCUGGGCAACACCCCGCGUCUGGUCAUCACACCACUCACUGACCGCUGCUACAGAACCCUGUUUGGGGCCCUCCACUUGCACUUAGGAGGGGCCCCUGAGGGCCCAGCCGGAACAGGCAAAACUGAGACCACCAAAGACUUGGCCAAAGCAGUGGCCAAACAGUGUGUGGUGUUCAACUGCUCUGAUGGACUUGAUUACAUUGCUUUGGGGAAGUUCUUCAAAGGUCUUCUGUCGUGUGGAGCAUGGGCCUGUUUUGAUGAGUUUAACAGGAUUGACCUGGAGGUGCUGUCUGUAGUGGCACAGCAGAUUCUCACCAUACAGAGAGGUAUCGCAGCACACUCUGAGAUGCUCCUGUUUGAAGGCACAGAGCUGAAGCUGGACCCGUCUUGUGCUGUGUUCAUCACCAUGAACCCUGGAUACGCAGGACGCUCUGAGCUCCCUGACAAUCUCAAAGCCCUAUUUCGGACGGUGGCCAUGAUGGUUCCGGACUACGCCAUGAUCGCUGAGAUCGUGCUGUACUCCUGUGGCUUUGUGACCGCUCGACCCCUCUCUGUGAAGAUUGUCGCCACCUACAGGCUCUGCUCAGAACAACUGUCGUCUCAACACCACUAUGACUACGGCAUGAGAGCUGUCAAGUCUGUGCUAACUGCUGCUGGCAACCUCAAGCUGGCCUUUCCCGAGGAUAAUGAAGACACUCUGUUGCUGAGGUCCAUCAUUGAUGUGAAUCUGCCCAAGUUCCUCGCUCACGACCUCAAGCUGUUUGAGGGCAUCACCUCUGACCUGUUCCCCGGGGUGCAGCUGCCGAAGCGUGACUACAGGACUCUUCUGGAGGCCAUCGAGGAGAACUGCAAACUCAUGAACUUGCAGAUGACCCCCUUCUUUUCAGAGAAGAUCUUGCAGAUCUACGAGAUGAUGAUCGUCCGCCACGGCUUCAUGUUGGUGGGAGAGCCCUUCGGAGGCAAGACCAGCGCCUACAGAGUGCUAGCCACUGCACUCAGUGACGUCUGCAAGAAGGGACUGAUGGAGGAGAAUGCAGUGCAGAUUGCCGUACUGAACCCUAAGUCCAUCACUAUGGGGCAGCUGUAUGGGCAGUUUGACCCUGUGUCCCACGAGUGGUCAGACGGCAUCCUGGCAGUGAGCUACAGGGGCUUUGCUUCUUCACAGAGCCCAGACAGGAAGUGGCUGAUCUUUGAUGGUCCGGUGGACGCCGUGUGGAUUGAGAACAUGAACACGGUUUUGGACGACAACAAGAAGCUGUGUCUGAUGAGCGGAGAGAUCAUCCAGAUGUCUCCUCAGAUGAGCCUGAUCUUUGAGCCCAUGGACCUGGAAGUGGCAUCUCCAGCUACGGUGUCUCGCUGUGGGAUGAUCUACAUGGAGCCUCACCAGCUCGGGUGGAGGCCCCUGAUGGUGUCCUGGCUCAACACACUGCCCCCUACUGUCAGCUCAGUGCAUAAGACGCUGAUCACUGACCUGUUCGACCGCACCAUCCCCACCUGCCUCGAGCUCGUCCGCAAAGCCGCCAAGGAGCUGUCUCCGACCUCAGACACAAAUCUGGUGAAGUCCCUGAUGAACCUGAUGGACUGUAACAUGGACGAGUUCCAGGACGAGAACAAGAUCAAGGCCAUGAAAGGAGAGGAAGUGUGCAGCUGGUUGGAGGGCAUCUUUGUGUUCAGCCUGGUGUGGUCGCUUGGGGCCAGCUGUGAUGACCCCAGUCGGCAGAAGUUUGACCUGGUUCUGAGGGAGCUUCUGAUUGGACCUCUGUCUUCUCAGACCAGGAGCAAAUAUGGACUUCUAACCAAUACUGAGGCCUGCAAAGCUCUGUCUGUGCCUCUGCCUGAAGAGGGCACUGUCUAUCAGUACUGCUUCAUCAAAGAGGGCGCAGGUCGGUGGCAGCUGUGGACAGAGGAGCUGAAAUCGGCCCCUCCCAUCAGUAAAGACAGUCAGUUCAAUGAAAUAAUCGUCCCUACAGAGAACACAGUGCGGUACAUGGCUCUGAUGGAACUCCUCGUCAGUCACCAGAAACCCACCAUCUUCAUUGGGCCCACAGGCACCGGCAAGAGCGUCUACGUUACUGACUUCCUGUUGAAUAAAGUGCAGAAAGAGGUGUACAGUCCGCUCUUCAUAAACUUCUCGGCUCAGACCACAGCGGCUCAGACUCAGAACAUUAUCAUGUCAAAGCUGGACAAACGCCGCAAAGGAGUGUUUGGACCCCCGCUUGGCAAGAAGAUGGUGGUGUUUGUGGAUGACGUGAACAUGCCCGCCAGAGAAGUGUACGGAGCCCAGCCUCCAGUGGAGCUGCUCAGGCAGUGGUUAGAUCAUUGGAACUGGUAUGACCUCAAGGAGUCCAUGAUCCAGCUGGUGGACAUCCAGAUCAUCUGCGCCAUGGGGCCUCCAGGAGGAGGUCGUAACCCGGUGACCCCUCGUUUCCUGCGUCACUUCAACACUGUGACCAUCAACGACUUUGACGACAAAACCAUGUAUACCAUCUUCUCAAGGAUCAUCCAGUGGCACUUCUCCAUACGGUUCUCUUUCCCCAAAGAGUUCUCUGCUCUCACAUCAGACCUGGUCCAUAGCACCAUGUCUGUUUACCAGGAAGCCACUAAGAACCUACUCCCAACUCCUGCCAAAUCCCACUACCUGUUUAACCUGAGGGACGUGUCCAGAGUGGUUCAGGGCAUCUGUCUUUCUAGGCCAGAGACUGCAACCGAGCCCGCGGUCAUCAAACGCCUCUGGGUGCACGAGGUGUUGCGAGUUUACUAUGACCGUCUGGUGCAUGAUACGGAUCGCGCGUGGCUUGUGUCUCAUUUACAGGAUGUGUGUAAAUCUCACCUAAAGGUCGACUUCCACCGACUGUUCCAGCAUUUAGACCAGGAUCAGGACGGCACAGUGACAGAGGACGACCUGCGCAGCCUCAUGUUCUGCGACUUCCACGACCCCAAAGGAGAUGACCGAAACUACCGCGAGGUCUUCAACCUGGACCAGCUGCGGCAGGUGGUGGAAGGGCAUCUGAAUGAAUACAACAACAUCAGCAAGGCCCCCAUGAACCUGGUGCUGUUCCGAUUCGCCAUAGAACACGUGUGCCGGAUAUCACGCAUCCUCAAGCAGCCCAGCGGGCACGCCUUGCUCGUGGGCGUGGGUGGCAGCGGGCGGCAGUCCCUCACACGAUUGGCUGCGUACAUGGCAGAGGCCGAGCUCUUCCAGGUGGAGAUCUCAAAGACAUACGGUACGACAGAGUGGAGAGACGACUUGAAGAUGAUCAUGAGGAAGUCCACUCAGGGAGAGGCUCAUGGCGUCUUCCUCUUCACCGACACACAAAUCAAAAUGGAGUCUUUCCUGGAGGACAUCGGGAACCUGCUCAACACUGGAGAAGUGCCAAACUUGUUUGCAAUGGAUGAGAAGCAGGAGAUCUGUGAGUGCAUGCGAGUGUUGGAUAGACAGAGGGACAGAGAGAAGCAGACGGAUGGCAGCUCUCUCUCUCUCUUCAACAUGUUUUUGGAACGAUGCAGAACACAGCUCCAUGUGGUGUUAGCCAUGAGCCCCAUUGGAGACGCGUUCAGGGACCGGCUACGUAGGUUCCCCGCACUCAUCAACUGCUGCACCAUCAACUGGUUCCAGAGCUGGCCUGAGGACGCUCUGCAGGCUGUGGCCAGUCGGUUCCUGGCGGAUGUGGAGCUGUCAGAGGAGUCCAGAGAAGGCUGUAUCCACAUGUGCAAGAGCUUCCACACCUCCACCAUCCAGCUGUCAGAGCGCUUCCACUCAGAGCUGCAGCGCCACAAUUACGUCACCCCCACCUCCUACCUGGAGCUCAUUUCCACCUUCAAGGCCCUGCUCAAGACCAAACGAGCUGAUGUGAUGACGAUGAAGCGACGUUAUGAGGUGGGUCUGGAGAAGCUGGAGUCUGCAGCGUCUCAGGUGGCUUUGAUGCAGAUGGAGCUGGAAGAGCUGCAGCCUCAGCUCCGUGUGGCUAGUAAAAAGGUGGACGAGAUUAUGGUGGUGAUUGAGCAUGAUUCUCUGGAGGCGGCAGAGACAGAGAAGGUGGUGAAGGUGGAUGAAGCCAUUGCCAACCAACAGGCCAUGGCGGCUAAAGCUAUCAAAGACGAGUGCGACGCGGAUCUGGCAGAGGCUAUGCCCAUCCUGGAAUCUGCUCUGGCUGCACUCAACACUCUCACCCCACAGGACAUCACGGUCGUGAAAUCCAUGAAGAGCCCUCCCACUGCAGUGAAGCUGGUGAUGGAGGCCAUCUGUAUCCUGAAGGGGAUCAAACCGGACCGUAUCCCAGACCCGUCGGGAUCAGGGAAGAAAGUGGAGGACUUCUGGGGUCCUGCUAAAAAGCUGCUGGGAGACAUGAGGUUCCUCCAGAGUCUGCACGAGUACGACAAAGACAACAUCCCCCCACAGUUAAUGACCGUCAUCCGAAACAAGUACAUCACCAACCCAGACUUUGUCCCCGAGAAGAUCCGAACAGCCUCUGCUGCAGCAGAGGGCAUGUGCAAGUGGGUGUGUGCCAUGGACAAGUACGACAAAGUGGCAAAGGUGGUAGCCCCUAAGAAGGAGAAGCUGGCUCAGGCUGAAGGAGAGCUGAGAGUGGCCAUGAAGGGUCUACAGAAGAAACAAGCUGAUCUGAAAGAAGUGCAGGACAAACUGGGCAAACUGGAGCAGACCUUAGAGGCCCACAAGAAAGAAAAGGCUGACCUCGAGAACCAGGUGGACUUGUGCAGUAAGAAGAUGGAGCGGGCGGAACAGCUGAUUGGAGGGCUGGGAGGAGAGAAGACCCGCUGGAGUGAGAUGGCUCUGAACCUGGGGAAACUCUACCAGAACCUGAUUGGAGACAUCCUCAUCUCUGCAGGGAUUGUGGCCUAUCUGGGAGCCUUCACCUCCAGCUACAGACAGGAACAGACACAGGAGUGGAUGUCUCUGUGUAAGUCCAAAGCCAUCCCCUGCUCCCCACACAUGUCCCUGAUGAACUCCCUGGGAGACCCCGUUAAGAUCAGGGCCUGGACAAUUGCAGGACUGCCCUCAGACAGCUUCUCCAUCGACAAUGGCAUCAUGAUAUCAAACGCACGGCGGUGGCCUCUGAUGAUCGAUCCUCAGGGCCAGGCGAAUAAAUGGGUGAAGAACAUGGAGAAGGCCAACAGUCUGCACAUCAUUAAACUCAGCGACAGCGACUUUGUGAGGACUCUGGAGAACUGCAUUCAGUUUGGCACUCCAGUUCUUCUGGAGAACGUUGGAGAGGAGCUGGACCCCAUCCUGGAGCCUCUGCUGCUCAGACAGACCUUCAAACAGGGAGGAGCUCUGUGCAUCCGCCUGGGAGACUCCACCAUUGAGUACGCCCCAGACUUCAGGUUCUACAUCACCACCAAGCUCAGGAACCCUCACUAUCUCCCCGAGACAUCUGUCAAGGUGACGCUGUUGAACUUCAUGAUUACUCCCGAGGGAAUCCAGGACCAGCUGCUCGGGAUCGUCGUAGCCCGAGAGAGACCCGACCUAGAGGAACAGAAGCAGGCCCUGAUCCUGCAGGGAGCUGAGAACAAGAGACAGCUGAAGGAGAUCGAGGACAAGAUCUUGGAGGUGCUGUCCUCAUCUCAAGGGAACAUUCUAGACGAUGAAACUGCCGUGAAGAUUCUAUCCUGUUCCAAAGUCCUGGCCAAUGAGAUCUCAGAAAAGCAGAGCAUCGCCGAGGUGACGGAGAAGAAGAUUGACGCCACACGGAUGGAGUACACGCCCAUCGCAGUGCAUUCGGCCAUCUUGUUUUUCUCCAUCGCAGACCUGGCCAACAUCGAGCCUAUGUACCAGUACUCCCUCACCUGGUUCAUCAACCUGUUCAUUGGCUCCAUCGACAACUCAGAGAAGAGCGCCGACCUGGGAGAAAGGUUGCAGAUCUUAAAGGACCACUUCACUUACUCCCUGUACUUGAACGUGUGUCGCUCUCUGUUUGAAAAGGACAAGCUUCUGUUCUCCUUCUGCCUCAGCAUCAACCUCCUAAUGCACAACAAAAUGGUGGAUGAGUCCGAGUGGAGAUUCCUUCUCACUGGGGGUGUAGGCCUGGAUAACCCUCACUCUAACCCCUGCACCUGGCUCCCAAAGACGUCCUGGGACGAGAUCUGCAGACUGUCCAACAUGGAGCACUUUAGAGGCCUGAGACAGGACCUGGUCCGGCUCCGCAAUGAGUGGAAGAGCGUCUAUGACAGUACUAGCCCUCACCAGACGCCCUUCCCUGAGGGUUGGCAGGACAAACUCAGCCAGUUCCAGCGGAUGUUAGUGAUCCGCUGCCUUCGCCCAGACAAGGUGGUCCCAAUGGUGCAGGAGUUUGUCACUGACUCUCUAGGCCGUCCCUUCAUUGAGACUCCGCCCUUUAACCUGUCACAGGCGUUUGGAGACAGUCACUGCUGUGCUCCACUCAUCUUCAUCCUCUCCCCCGGGUCUGACCCCAUGGCUGCGCUACUGAAGUUUGGAGACGAGAGGGGUUUCACAGGGAACAAGCUCACCUCUCUGUCUCUGGGACAAGGCCAGGGCCCCAUCGCUAUGGGAAUGAUCUCCACCGGCAUCAAAGAGGGUACGUGGGUGGUGCUUCAGAACUGCCACCUGGCCACAUCCUGGAUGAGCACGCUGGAACGAGUCUGUGAGGAGCUAAAUCCAGACACGACUCACCCAGACUUCCGGCUGUGGCUGACCAGUUACCCCUCGCCCACAUUCCCAGUGGCAGUGCUCCAAAACGGGGUGAAGAUGACCAACGAAGCCCCUAAAGGUCUACGCUCCAACAUCGCACGCUCUUUCCUCAUGGACCCCAUCUCUGACCCCGAGUUCUUCGACAGCUCCUGUAAACCGGCGGUGUUUAAGAAGCUGCUGUACGGCCUGUGCUUCUUCCACGCUCUGACUCAGGAGAGAAGGAAGUUUGGACCUUUGGGCUGGAACAUUCCCUACGAGUUCAACGAGACCGACCUACGCAUCUCUGUCCAGCAGCUGCACAUGUUUUUAGAGCAGUACCAGGAGGUACCGUUUGACGCUCUGAGGUAUCUGACUGGAGAGUGUAACUAUGGAGGGCGGGUCACAGACGACUGGGACCGCCGCACACUCAGAACCAUCCUGUCCAUCUUCUACACCCCAGAGAUGGUUCACGACCCGGGGUACAGGUUUGACCCCAGCGGACUGUACUAUGCACCACCAGAGGGCGAUUACGACAGUUACAUCGAGUACACAAAGGCUCUCCCACUGAAUCCAUCUCCGGAGAUUUUUGGGAUGAACUCAAACGCAGACAUCACCAAAGACCAGGCGGAGACGCAGCUGCUAUUUGAAUCUAUUCUCCUCACACAGUCCCGGUCCACAGGUGGGGAUGGCCAGUCCUCUGAUGACAUGGUUUUCGAUGUGGCGGCUGACGUUCUGAGUAAACUUCCUCCUGACUUCGACUUGGAGACUGCGAUGAUGAAGUUCCCCACGAGCUACGAUCAGAGCAUGAACACUGUGCUGGUGCAGGAGAUGGGCCGCUUCAACAACCUGCUGCGCACCAUCCGAAGCUCUUGUGCGGACCUCCAGAAGGCCAUCAAGGGUCUGGUGGUGAUGUCUGCAGAGUUGGAGGAGGUGGUGAACAGUAUCCUGAAUGGAAGAAUCCCUGCCAUGUGGAAGAAAAAGUCCUACCCUAGCCUCAAGCCUCUGGGCAGCUACGUCAAUGACUUUCUGGAGAGGCUGAAGUUCCUCCAGGACUGGUUUGAUGAGGGCACUCCUGCUGUGUUCUGGGUCUCCGGGUUCUUCUUCACUCAGGCGUUCCUCACUGGAUCGCAGCAGAACUACGCUCGGAAGUACACUGUUCCCAUCGACCUUCUGGGCUUUGACUUCGAGGUCCUGGAUGACAAGCCAUACAACAAGGCUCCAAAUGACGGCGUUUACAUCCGAGGCCUGUUCCUGGAUGGAGCACGCUGGGACCGAAAGACCAAAGUGCUGACCGAGUCUUUGCCCAAAGAGCUGCACGACACCAUGCCGCCGAUGUGGCUGAAGCCGUGUAAGCGUCAGGAAAUCCCACAGAGGCUGAAUUACCUGUCUCCUGUUUACAAGACGAGCGAGAGACGAGGAACUCUGUCGACCACCGGACACUCCACAAACUACGUGAUCGCCAUGACGCUGAACACUGAUGUACCCCCCGAACACUGGAUCAGGAGAGGCGUGGCUCUGCUCUGCCAGCUAAGCUCAUAAAUACUACUACUAUACUACUUAU